AUCGGGAACAUAAUGAAUGUCGGGGAGGACAAACUCUUUCAGUUCAGCCGGGUCAACAUUUAGCGCCCAGAGACGCCGAGCUGGAUUUUUGAAUCGCUGGACUUCCUUUGCCUCCCGACACGUCACUGGAGUCAGUUGGAUGGAAAGAGUGAAAAAAUAAGGAGCCAGAAUGGAAAGUUCCCAUCAGAAUCAGGUGUGCCAAAGAAGCAGGAAAGCUUUCUGAGGACCUGUUACGUUUAUGAACGGUCACUUUUGAGAUUCUGAGAGGAUGGAAGAGCAACCUAGCUGUCCCAAUGUUAGCAUUCCAUGCUAUAAUGAGCAGAGGGACAAGAAGAAACGCUAUACUGUUUACAAAGUUAUGGUCAGUGUUGGAAGGCAUGAGUGGUUUGUGUUCCGGAGAUAUGCAGAAUUUGACAAAUUGUACAACACGUUGAAAAAACAAUUUCCUGCGCUGAAUUUGAAGAUUCCUGCUAAGAGAAUAUUUGGCGACAAUUUUGACCCAGAGUUUAUAAAACAGAGACGAGCGGGGUUACAUGAGUUCAUUCAGAGGAUCGUGUCCCAUUCACAGCUCUGCAGCCAUCCCGAUGUCAAAGUCUUUCUGCAGAUGGACAAAGCCAAAAACUUCUCUGAUGGCUCAGAGGAUGAAGACGACAAGAGUAACUCUACCUCUAGAAACAUUAACCUGGGGCCAUCUGCAAAUCCACAUGCAAAGCCCACUGACUUUGACUUUCUUAAAGUCAUAGGAAAGGGAAGCUUUGGGAAGGUUCUCCUUGCAAAGAGGAAACGGGAUGGGAAGUGUUAUGCCAUCAAAGUCUUGCAAAAAAAGGUCAUUCUAAACAGGAGAGAGCAAAAGCACAUCAUGGCUGAGCGCAAUGUGUUGCUGAAGAAUGUUAAACACCCCUUCCUGGUUGGCCUGCACUAUUCCUUUCAGACAACGGACAAGCUAUACUUUGUUCUGGAUUUUGUCAAUGGUGGAGAACUUUUCUUUCAUCUCCAAAAAGAGCGGACCUUUCCUGAACCCAGAGCAAAGUUUUAUAUUGCGGAGAUGGCGAGCGCUCUGGGUUACUUGCACUCUCUUAACAUUGUUUACAGGGAUUUAAAACCAGAAAAUAUCCUGCUGGACUCUCAAGGCCAUAUAGUCUUGACUGACUUUGGACUGUGUAAGGAGGGCAUCUCUCAAGCAGACACAACAACCACAUUUUGUGGAACACCUGAGUAUCUAGCUCCAGAAGUACUCAGGAAACAACCCUAUGAUAACACUGUGGACUGGUGGUGUCUGGGUUCCGUGCUGUAUGAAAUGCUUUAUGGACUGCCUCCGUUCUACAGCAGGGACACGCAUGAGAUGUAUGACAACAUUCUUCACAAGGAGCUUGUCAUGCGGCCCGGGGCGUCCACAGCUGCGUGGUCCAUCCUUCAGACCCUGCUGGAGAAAGACCACACCAGGAGGCUUGGCUACAGAGAUGACUUUAAUGAAGUCAAAGAACAUGAAUUUUUCUCAUCUAUUAACUGGUAUGACCUUGAACAGAAAAAGCUUUCUCCUCCAUUUAACCCUAGUGUGGAAUCCCAGUAUGACAUCUCAAACUUUGAUCCAGAGUUUACAGAGGAAACCGUGCCAAACUCUGUGUGCUUCUCAUCAGGGCCGUCGAUCGUCAAUGCGAGUGUCAUGGAAGCGGACGAUGCCUUUCUGGGAUUUUCUUACGCUCCGCCAUCAGAAGAUUCUUUCUUGUAAGGUUGGCGCUGCUAAUGGCGAUUUAAAGAGAGCUGCAUAAAAAUAAAUAUCUGUGAUCGCACUCUCUGACGAAAGGGAAGAAUCUGCCUAGCAUCAUGUUUCCAUCAGAUGGUGUGGACCCUUGUGUUUCUUGACAGAAGCAGUGCAUAAAGCUUUUGGGAUGCAGGGUGUUUCAAACUUUAUUUUUACAUGUAAAUAACAUAUCUUGUGUCACAUUGAACGCCUUAAACUGAGAGUUUAGCUCAGGAGCUAAAGUGCUGAUGUAUUUUUCUUUGCUAUGAAUUAUUUUCAAGGGCUGAUGAGAAGAAAAAAAACAAACAUCCACUUUGACAACAUUCCUUUUUUGUGCCCCAACUUGUACACUUGAUUGCUUAUAAUACUGUGCAGUAUGUGACCAAUUAUGUCAUUGUAGUUUAGUCUUAUUAGAAAUUUGCUAUGGAAAAAUGUUUAUAUAUUGUCAGCACAAGCAAAUACUUUUGUUGCUUGACACUUUAAAUUAAUAUAUAUAUAUUCUCUCUAUACUGUUUAACCUGUUUGAGUUAGAAAACAGGCUAAUCAAAGUGCAUUUUGAUAUAACCCUUUAAAUUAUGGGUCAUCAACAGCUGUAUUACACUAUAAACCGAACAUUAGUUGCUGUAUUUACAUGUUAGAUUUUUAUGAGUAACUUAAAGGGAUAGUAGAUUUGCUGUUAAUUUACUUGCACUCUGGCUUUCAAGAUGAAGAUCACUUAUUUUUUUAGUAACAUUAAAUAAGAUUUUUGUUGAAACUUUGGUGAUUCUUAAAACACACGUUAAUGGCUAAGAAUAAAAAAUAAAUAAACAAAAUAAUAGCUGUGGGUGCCAGUACUAUCCACUUACAUUUUAUGAGUCACUAAGUAUCAGUUUCCACAUAAAAUAUUCUUUAAUGUUCAACUAAAGUAAAAGGUCACCUUUAUCUUGGAUGGUAAUAUGUAAAUUAACGGCAGAUUUUUAAUUUUGGAUGAACUCGGACUGUCCAUUUGAAUACUGACAAUGACCCUGUAAUAAACCACUAUCAUGUUAUGCCACCCUCAGAUUAUGAGAAGAGACACCAUAGUGCCUACUGAAUUAAUGAUAUGACCUUUAAAUGAUGUACUGUACAAGUAAACACACCUUCUUGAA